AUGCCGAACCCCAGAGUGUUCUUCGACAUCACCAUUGGGGGAGCUCCGGCUGGCAGGAUAAUCAUGGAGCUCUAUAGUGAUGUUACGCCCAGGACAGCUGAGAACUUCCGCGCCCUAUGCACUGGCGAGAAGAACCGUCCUGGAAAGCUCCUUCACUUCAAGGGCUCUUCCUUCCAUCGCGUCAUUCCAAACUUCAUGUGCCAGGGAGGUGACUUCACACGGCACAAUGGUACCGGAGGGGAGAGCAUCUACGGUGAAACGUUUCCCGAUGAGAACUUCAUUAAGAAGCACACCGGACCUGGCAUUCUCUCCAUGGCGAACGCUGGCCCAAAUACCAACGGUUCCCAGUUCUUCCUUUGCACGGUGGCGACUCCGUGGCUUGAUGGGAAGCAUGUAGUUUUCGGCAGUGUAGUCGAGGGCAUGAACGUUGUCAAGGCAGUUGAGGCUGUUGGCACUGCUGGGGGUGCUACAAGGAAGCCUGUGGUCGUUGCUGACUGCGGCCAGCUAAGCUGA